CUUCCUCUUCUUCUUCUUCUUCUUCUCACUAAUCCAGGAAAAAAUUAGGGUUUUAUUCCCGCGGAAAACUCACCGGAAAUUGUCUCAAUUCGUCUUCCGGAAUUAUAGAGAAAAAUGGAUACAACAAGUCCUGCUGUGUUUGUGAAUGGAGCUUUGUUGAGAAGGUACAUUGGUCAGAAAGUGAGAGCAGUGAUUCAAGUAAUCAGGUCAGACAUUGGAUCGGUGAUUGGUAAAUCGACUGAUGAUCAACAGAUUGUUGUUAAAGGUUCGCCUCAACCUCCUUUAACUAGUUACCUUGAGGUGAUUGGGAUUGCUGAGAGUGACAACACCAUUCGUGCUGAUGUUUGGACCAACUUUGGUGAUAGUUUCGAUGCACAGAACUACAAUGAACUAUGUAAGCUUGCAAAUGCUAGAGCUAUGACUGAAGUGCAAAUGGAAAUGGAGGUAGAGACCAAUUCUUCUUUGCAGGAGUCUGCCGUCCCGAAGCCUCAAGUCAUAUACAGAUGUAAGAAAUGCAGAAGGAUAGUAGCUGUUGAGGAAAACGUUGUCCAGCAUGAACCUGGUAAAGGUGAAGAAUGCUUUGCUUGGAAAAAGAGAAGUGGAAACCCUGAACAAGUGCAAUGCUCUUCUAUCUUCGUCGAGCCUAUGAAAUGGAUGCAGACAAUACAUGAUGGAUUGGUGGAAGAGAAGCUUCUUUGUUUUGGAUGUAAUGGUCGGUUAGGUUAUUUCAACUGGUCUGGGAUGCAAUGUAGCUGCGGCGCUUGGGUUAAUCCGGCUUUCCAGCUUAAUAAAAGCCGAAUAGACGAGUGUAAAUCCGAGUCAAACCUGCCAAACCCGAACCUAAAGACAGAAACUGGAUGAAAGGAGAAGAUGUUUAACUCUUGGAUAAUAAGAUCAAAGGAAGCCUUACUAUUGUAUUCAAUGUCCUUAAGGGGAUUUUAGUUACAAAAUCCAACAAAGUUUAUUAGCUUAAUCUCAAAAGUGUUGUUUGAAUUCAAACAUAGAGUUAGUUAUGUGUAUUUCUUUUUUCUUUU